AUGAUUAAAGGGUGUUUAAUUAAUAAUUCUGGUAAUUUGUGUUGGAUAUCAAGUAUUGUUGUUAAUGAAAAGUUAUAUGCUGGAGAAAGAAAAUGUUUAUCUUUAAUUAAUUCUAUCCCUCAAUUACCACAGACAACUACAAUAAUUGGAGGUAAUUUAAAAACACAGUCAAACCUCAUUUUAAGAUACUAUAUCUCUAUAUUAUACAUACCUCUAUUUAAGAAACGUUUUUAA